GAGAUUUAAAAAUGUGAAUGUUCCUGGGAGUGGUCAACACACGCACUAUGGACAGAGAGGGUGUGGCCAUACAUAUCUGCUACUGAGUUUCACCUGAGAACUAAAUAAGCCUGCUCCACCAGAACUGGAGCACCGCUGGGCCUCCAAGGACACACUUUUACUUUGGAUUAUACCUCCACUUAGGGUUAGAAUGGAGCCUGUAGCCACAAGUGUGAGGCUUAACAUGGCCGUGCUGUUUCUGCUUGCAAUUUGGCUGAAGACAGAUGUGACGGAGGCGAUGGUGGUGACGUCCUCGGGGCCACAGACCAUUCAAAAGGCUCAGGGGGAGACAGUGCAACUGGGAUGCACCUACACCCCCGGCUCCGAAGACACAGGAGAGCUGGACAUUGAGUGGUACAACGUCAGCCCAGACAUGACACAGAAAGACCAUCUGAUCUUAUCAUAUACAGGAGGCCAGAUACACUACUACUCCGACCCGGCCAUCUCCCAAAGGCUCAAGUUCAUUGCGGAUCCCAAGUUGGGAGACGCUUCUGUCUCACUCUCUGAUGUGAAGCCCUCAGACACAGCCACCUACCAGUGCAAAGUCAAGAAGGCACCGGGUGUUGACAUGAGAAAAAUCACUCUGGUGGUGAUGGUUCCUCCAUCAUCGCCAAAGUGUUGGGUUGAAGGCGGAGAGGAGAAAGGUGGCCCAGUCUCCCUCCGCUGUAAAUCUUCUCACGGAUCCACUCCUGUCAGUUACACGUGGAGCAGAGAAAGCGGAGGUGCAAUACCAGCCACUGCAACCCAAGACCCACAGACUGGGGAGCUGUUAAUAAAGAACCAUACAGACGGAAACAUUGGGACUUACGUGUGUGUGGCAAAAAAUACUGUGGGCCAAGGACAGUGUAAAUAUGCACUGAAUGCAUACAACCCUACCAAUAAGGUGGGUGUCAUAGUCGGGGCAGUGAUAGGUGCUCUCUUGCUGCUGCUCCUCCUCCUGCUUCUCAUCUGGCUGCUGGUCUGCUGCUGCCACAAGCGUCGUUACGAGAAAGAGGUCGCAAAUGAAAUAAGGGAGGACGUCAAGGCCCCGGAGAGCAGACCCUCCAGCAGAAACUCCAGUUUCCGCUCGGUGAUGGCGUACCGCACCCACCCCGGGGUGCACUACAGCUCCGUGAGGAACCACCAUCCCAGUAUGCGAGAAGCAGGCAGCAGUGCCGGCAUCUAUACAGGCGAGAGUAACGGCACGUCGCAGCCAACUACUGCAGGGGAACUCCUUCCCUCUCUCAAUUACGAUCAUCGAUAUGGAUACGCUGUGUAACUACAAUCCAAAUGCCUGAUUGACUUCUUUUUUCUUUAGUAUAAAACUUUUCCUUCUGAAGAAAGGAGCUUUUACUUUAAGUGUAAAACAUGUUGUAAAGAAUUCUAUGUAAAGUAUGUAUAUUAUAAAUGGUGCAAGACAUUGUAUUUAACUGGAGAAUAAUGGGACUCAUAAAAUCUUACCUCGGCACUUGGACAAACAAGAAUGUACAACUGGUUGACUUUCAUGAUGCAUAAAGAAUAGGUUCUCUUUGUUACACGGAUUUUUUUCUAAAACUGUGUGUAAAAUGUAUAUAUCAAAAGACUUGCAUUUUUAGAUUUAGCUCAAACAUUUUAUUACUUUUUUUUUUAAACGUGUACAAUAAAACGUUUUUUUAAAUAUCAUGUCAAUGAGGAGAAUACCAUCUAAAUCCAAUGAAGGGCUCACUGAGCAUUCAGAUUUUUGUGUUAUUGCUUGAUGAUAUCACAACAUAAUAGACUAGCAUUUUAAACCCAUCUCCCACUCUCAGGAUGCAGAAUUGAAACAAUUGCUCUGAAAAAAGAUAAUACCUAAUUGAAAUUGCAUCAUAAUGAAAUUUGAUUGUUUUGUUUUGAAAUGCAAAGUUUAAAAUCAUCACAUAAAAACUAAUUAUGUGGUCAGAGGUUCAAAUACAACUUACUCAGAGGGGGUCACUAUGUUUUGAAAUGCAUCAAACAUGAAAAAUUGUCUUGGUGUAGACACUUGGUUUGACCAACAGUCUCUCAGUUCUCAUUGCCCGCAGAUUGGAGGAUAUUUUCAGCGCUGUAAUGCAUAAAUAUGUAUUUAAAGUUCAGCUGCUUUUGUAUCAGAAUAAUGGGAGACAAUGAAGUCAGUUUUGCCCCUGACCCUCUUAUUUGCAUUUGCCUCCCGGAGAAUGUUAGCCUGACAAGACAGACCUACAUUAAGAUGUUGGGUCUGGGAACUCACCAUUGGCGAGGCUCAACCCGAGGGGCAGGAUAAACGGUUGUCUUUCAAAUUCC